CGCUUCCGGGUUGGAGGUGCAAACACACGUGAGAAGUGAGGAAAACUGACUGACUGGACAACAACACCUUUAACUGCAGUGGACAGGAUGGACGGGAAAGUGAAGGAGCAGAGGAAACAUCAGCAGAAGCACAGCGGGCCAAAGGCAGAGAGGAAGAAGCUGAAGAAGCAGGGCGGAACCACAGAGGAAGAUGCACGCAAACGCAACCCCAAAGCUUUCGCCGUGCAGUCGGCUGUACGCAUGGCCAAGACCUUCCACAGGUCCCAGGACAUAAAGACCAAAAAACAUCACAUCCCCCUGGUAGACCGGACUCCCCUUGAACCCCCUCCAAUUGUGAUUGUGGUUGUCGGACCCCCCAAGGUUGGAAAAAGCACCCUGAUCCGCUGCCUGAUCAAAAACUUCACGCGGCAGAAGCUGGGGGACAUCUGUGGACCUGUGACCAUUGUCUCUAGUAAGAAGCGUCGCCUCACUUUCAUGGAGUGUAACAACGACAUUAAUACAAUGAUCGACCUCGCAAAAGUAGCUGAUCUGGUUCUGAUGCUGAUCGAUGCCAGCUUUGGAUUUGAGAUGGAGACGUUUGAGUUCCUGAACAUCUGUCAGGUGCACGGCUUCCCUCGCAUCAUGGGUGUGCUGACUCACCUUGACUCAUUCAAGAACAACAAGGCCCUGAGGAAGACCAAGAAGAACCUCAAACACCGCUUCUGGACCGAGGUCUAUCAGGGGGCCAAGCUGUUCUACCUGUCCGGCAUGGUGUACGGUGAAUAUCAGACACAGGAAGUGAAAAACCUGGGCCGCUUCAUCUCAGUGAUGAAGUUCCGUCCCUUGGUGUGGCAGACCUCCCAUCCUUAUGUGCUGGUGGACCGUAUGGAGGACUUAACUGACCCUGAGAAGGUGAGGACAGACCCCAAGUGUGACCGGACAGUGUCGCUCUAUGGAUACCUGCGAGGGACACAUCUGAAAAACAAAGGCCAGGUCCAUAUCCCAGGUGUGGGAGACUUCCAGGUGGCAGAUGUGAACUUCCUGCCGGACCCGUGCGCCCUGCCCGGUGCUCAGAAGAAGAGAGCGCUGAACGAGAAGGAGCGCCUGCUGUAUGCUCCCAUGGCCGGCGUUGGGGGGGUGGUGUAUGACAAGGAUGCGGUGUACAUCGACCUUCCUGCCAGCCACGUCCAUCAGCAGCAGGAGGAGGUGCGUCCCACCACAGAGCUGGUCCAGUCUCUCAUUGACACACACUCCACCCUGGAUGCCAAGAUGGCCGCCAGUAAAGUGUCUCUGUUCAGCGGCUCUGCCACCCUGGAGCCGUCUGACAUCUGCGAGGAGAGCAGAGAAAAUGGGGGUCCUCAGGAGGAGACUGUGUGGGACCCUAACACCCAGAGAGAGAGGAGAAAGGUGGUCUUCGCUGAGGAGGAUGAGGAGGAGGAGGAGGAGGAGGAGAGUGGGUCCAGUGAUGAUGAAGAAGGGGGAAGUGAGGACAGUGACCAGGAGGAGGAAGAUGAUGAAGAUGAGGACGAAGAGGAUAAAGACAAAGACAACCUGUCCAAGUUUCUCAAAGACGCCAGAGCCAAAUCUGAGGAAACCGUAGAGCCUUCAUCAGACGCUCCUCCGGUGAAGAAACAGAAAGUGGAGAAGAAGGAGCAGAGCGCUGAGCUGCCGGCGUUCGCCGACAGCGAAGACGAGCUGGAGGUGAGCGAGGGAGAGGAGACUGCAGAGGAGGGGGAGGCCGGGAGAGCAGGUGACUCUGGACACUGUUCUGAAGAGGACGAAGAAGACAGUGAGGAUGAUGGGGAAGAGGAGUCUGAAGACGAAUCAAUGGAAGAGGAUGAUGCAGCUGACACUACAAUGAAGAGUGGCAGUGAGGAAGAGGAGGAGGGGGAGGAAGAGCUAGGGGCUCUGAAGUGGAAGGAGGGUCUGCAGCAGAAGGCAUCAGAAGCGUUUCUACGGCAACAAGCAGCUAUCCCCAAUCUGAGAAAACUGGUUUAUGGCUCAGUCGUGGCGGCAAAUAACUCUGAGGACGAGGAGGAGGAGGAGCUGGGCGGGCUGUUCACAGUCAGCCGGCCUCAGAAGAGUAAAAGGUUCCAGGCGGAUGCUAUGGACUGCUGCCGCUUCUCCCCCGACUCCUCCCACAACUGGGACCUGGAUGAGAUGCUGAACUCCAUCAGGGACUGCUUUGUCACGGGGAAGUGGGAGGAGGGCACGGAUGCUGCCACGCUGCUGAAGGAGGACGAGGAGCUGUACGGGGACUUUGAGGAUUUGGAAACAGGAGAAGUCCACAAGAACAAAUCUGGAGAUCAGGCUGAGGAUAAUAAGAACGAUGAAGAAGAAGAUGAUGAUGAUGAAGAAGAGAGUCAGGUGAAGGUGGAUGAAGACGUGGCCCAGAAGAACAAGCGCCUUGAGAAGAAACAGAGGCUGAAGGAGCGGUUCGAUACGGAGUAUGAUGAUGGAGACGCCACCUACUUCGAUGACCUGAAGGAGGAGCUGCAGAAGCAGGCGGAGCUGAACCGGGCGGAGUUUCAGGAUGUGGACGAUGAGACCAGAGUGCAGUACGAAGGCUUCAGACCGGGGAUGUACGUCAGAUUAGAAAUCCCCUCUCUCCCCUGCGAGUUCGUCACCAAUUUCGAUCCCCAUUAUCCCAUCAUCCUCGGGGGCUUGACCUCUGCUGAGGGGAAUGUGGGAUACCUGCAGAUGCGUUUGAAGAAACACCGCUGGUAUAACCGCAUCCUGAAGACGAGAGACCCCCUCAUCCUUUCUCUGGGCUGGAGGCGCUUCCAGACCAUCCCCCUGUACCACAUCGAGGACCACAACGGGCGCCACCGCCUGCUCAAAUACACACCGCAGCACAUGCACUGCGGAGCCUCCAUCUGGGGUCCGGUCACACCGCAGGGCACAGGCUUCCUGGCUCUUCAGACAGUAGCAGGAAUCAAAGCUAAUUUCCGUAUUGCAGCCACAGGAGUCAUCCUGGACCUGGACAAGUCUGUGACCAUAGUGAAGAAACUCAAACUGAUCGGUUAUCCCUACAAGAUCUUCAAGAACACCAGCUUCGUUAAGGGUAUGUUCAACACAGUGCUGGAGGUAGCUAAAUUUGAAGGCGCUUCUAUACGAACAGUAUCAGGGGUCAGAGGUCAGAUCAAGAAGGCGCUGUCUACACCUGCCGGAGCUUACAGAGCCACGUUUGAGGACCGCCUGCUGAUGAGUGACGUGGUGUUCCUGCGCUCUUGGUUUCCGGUGACCGUUCCUCAGCUCUACAACCCCGUCACCUCCCUGCUGCUACCCGCCGGUCAGAAGGACGGCUGGGCGGGCAUGAGGACGCUGGGCCAGCUCAAACACGACCUGGGCAUCCGCAACAAACCCAACACAGACUCUCUGUAUAAGCCGGUGGUCCGAGCCCCGAGGCACUUCAACCGCCUCCACAUCCCCAAGGAGCUGCAGAAGGCCCUGCCCUUCAAGAGCAAACUCAAACAGCAGCAACCCAAAGGAAAGACCCCCAAAGACCUCCAGAGGCCCACCGUGAUCAGAGAGCCCCACGAAAAGAAGGUGGCCGCCCUGCUCAACGCUCUGUCCCAGGUCCACCACCACAAGAGAAAGAAGGCCCACAAGGCGCAGCACGCCAAACACAAGGAAUUCCUGCAGGAGAAGGAGAAGCAGGAGGAGGCCAAGAUGAAGAGACAGAAGGAGGCCCGUAAAAAACUGUACCGUACCAUGGGCCAGACGGACCAGAAGAAGCAGAGGUCCAGUCUAAAGGGGUCGGCCAAGGACGACUAACUCUCUGGAUGUGGACUCAUGAGGAAAACCCCUGCAGGAAAACCUCUGCACACUGACUGAGAUGCAUGGUCUGCUCAUUGGACUGAUGACAUGCAUUUCACACCUUUUAGCAUUGUCCUUUUUAUUGUAUUUUUCUAGAUGUAUUGAUAUUGAAAAUAAGCUGUAAAGGAACAGUUAUCUGACUUUUGGAACUUGUUUGAAUUAAACAUGUCUAAGGAAA